UUUAAAUAAACAAUAUUUAUUAAAAUUACAUUACAUAUUAGUUUUUAACGCAUUAUUAUUUAUAAAUAUAAAUUUACAAAUGUAUCUGAUGAAAGUAACACAUGAUAUUGUUGAUAGAUGGCGAGAUUAACGUUUUACAAUUACCAUAUAUAUAGAUAUAUGUGUCUGAAAUUGUGAAGUAAUUAAGAUUUUUAAUGGAUCAAUUAUAAUUUUAUGAAAAAUUAAUAAAAAAUAUCUUAUAAAGAAGCAAGAUACUAUACUAUAAAUAUGUUUUUUGUUAAAGUAUAAAAGAUAAAGAUAACUGUGCUCAGUGUCUGACUAUAUUGUCCACAUACUACUAAAGAAUGAAUGAUUAUAAGUGGUCUUUAUCACUGCUCUAUAAUUUGUAGUCAGCACAUGGAUUGACUUUAUCAAGUUGUGAAUAUAUCUUUAAAACCAAUUUUAGAUGAACUAUGCAGUCGGAACUAGAAUCUGUCAUUACAUAAUUUUAAAAUUUAACAAACAUUUAUUUUUUAAAUUACUCACAUUGUAAAACAAAAAACAAUCAAUAAUUCAGAAUUCGAUACAGAAGAUAAGAAAUUAAAAUUCUUACGGAAAAUGAACGACAAAUUUCACCUUUAAAUAAGCCACAUGUGCUUAUCUUUUCUUUAUGAAAUAAUGAUCAAUAGAUGAUGAAUUUUAUUACAUUUUUACGCGGCCUUCCAACAUACUUUCUUGAAGGACAAACGACAACAAACGAUACAAAUUUUUAAUUAAUACAAAUUCUAUGUAAGUUUCAGACAAGGAAGAAAAUAUUGGAAGAAUUUUAAACGCAUUUUAAGAGAAAGCUGUUACUUUGAUAAGAAAAAUUGGUUCCUGGGUUGAUGGGGUACGGUGGUGAACGGUGGGUGGACGUAAAGCGCAUGGAAAAACCAGAGGGGGCAGAUCUGCCGCAUAGCCGACGGAACUAGUCUGACCCUCAGACGCGACGCGUCCGCGAUCACGUACGGUGCACCACCACAAGAAACCAGAAGGUUCGUACACGUUCGUUCAGUCAUUUCGGACGUGAGAACGGAGAAAGAGACACUAACUUGGGCAAUAAUUGUCCAUCGAACACUGCCAUCGUAUAAAUUCUCUUCAUUCGUUCUGUCUUUCUAACACCUUCGGUUCUCGAGGUGAAUUUACAAUUUAUAAAAAAAAAAAAAUUAUAUAAAAAUUGACCGCAACUGUAAUCGGGCCUGCCGUGUGCGAGCUUUCCAUGCAGCGAGGGUGGAGGGAACACGUCCGAAGUGACUGACUACAACGUGACUGGCUGAAACACAUGGUCCGGUGAUCGUGAUCAUGAUUGCAAAUCGUCUCGCGCCAAUCGUCACCCUCGUCCUCGUGGUUCUGCUGUCGACUAUCCAUCACGGAGAAGCAAUAAUAUGCUAUCAGUGCAACAGCGAAUACGAUCCAAGGUGCGGCGAUCCAUUCGAUCCGUACAGCCUUGGAACGGUGAAUUGCAGCUUUCAGCCACGUUUAGAACAUUUGAAUCGCCUGGAACCUGUUCUUUGUCGAAAAAUCAGUCAAAAAGUGUACGGGAAGGUCAGAGUUGUCAGAGGUUGCGGAUACAUAACGGACAAGAGAGACGAUGCCGAUUGCCUGAUAAGAUCAGGCACUCACGACGUUCGUGCAGUCUACUGUGCGUGCACCGGUGAUCUCUGUAACUCGGCCGAAAGCCGCACGCCGUCCUUCUUACUGCCGUUGACGUCUUUGUUGACGGUCAUCCUGACGAUGCCGAGUUUCCUCCUUUCGUGCCCGUUCGUAAUACCUGUCCUAACCUCGCCGCACUUCUCCAUAGCCUAA